AUGAUUUGGUUGACGUGCUUUUUUGCUGCUGCAGCGGCAAAUAGUUUAAGUGGCUUAAGCGGUACACCGGGUAUGAACCAACUCCAAGUGAAGUUGUAUGUUGCGCCAGAAACAGUGUACGGUGGAGAUUCUUUCGAUGUGUUCUGUUCCUACAACGCCUCCUUCGUAACGCAGCAGAAUUUCCUAUUUUCAAACAAAGGCGAUAGGUUGGACACAGUGCCCGUGAACAACUUUACCAUUAUGCACAGAACCCUAAACACCCCGGAAGAGGGAGGAUUCUACUCCUUCUUAUGCCGGACGGACGAUCAUAAUAACUGGAUAGUUAUUGCAGUGAUACCAAAGCUAAAUGUCAAGGACUUUGAGUGCAUUAGCAAAGGCGACGAAUUGGUGGUGGUGUGCAGCUUCAGCCAGUUGGGCUCUAGGGCACUGUGGGAGUCCAAUAAAUACUUUCUCAACCUGGACAAUGCCAACAAUCACCGGUGUCAGGCAGUGGGGACUCGGAUUGAGUGCUCCACGAAAUAUUCGAGUGCCACCACAGAGAACUUAAACCACACCUUUGUCCUGCAACUGAACUGUAACAAUGAUGUACAGGAGCAAAUAUUUCACCUCAGUAGAACCCAAAUGAAAGUGCCGCCUUGGCCGAACAAUUGGUCGAUCAUCACCAAAAGGAGAGGCACCUUAACCUGCAUUGAAGAUUUACACUAUGGUUUCUAUGAGAAGCAUGACUGGAAACUACUGCUGGUGCCGCGGGAUCCACGAAUUGUGCAGCAGGAGCUCGAGCCCAUUAGACAAUAUCACGAGAAUGAGAUUUGUUUCCGUAUACCCCGCUACAAUAACCACCCUUCGAAUUGCGCGCGUGGCGCUUCUCCGCCGGAACGACCACCGCAGUUGAUUCCCGGCUUUUUUUACGAUCCGGACAAAAAGAAUCUUCACAUUUUUUGGACGGAGUUGGAGGAAUUGGAGUUUAACAAACUGGACUUAGGGUACAUUGUGGAAACAGAAACAGGUGAAAAGGCGCUAUCCAAAACGAAUACCUCCGCGGUUUUCCAUCAAUGGGAUCCCACGCUUUCGGCCACUGUUUUGAUUUGGAGCCAAAACUCCGUGGGUCAAUCGGAAAACAGCUCGAAGAUGGAAGUCCCAGUGCUGACCAACUCUGAGCUCCGUCAACCACAGGACCUGUGGUACAAUAUUGAGCGCAAAACCCUAAUCUGGAAGCCACCGAAGGAUGUGGAUAAGCUAAUCGAGUACAUCGUCAUCUUGUGCUCCGUCUCCUCCAACAGUCCUUUUAUUUGCGACGAUCGAAAGGCAUUACAAUCAGAGCCUGUGCCAGCAUCUAAGCAGGAAUUCCGGUUCGAAACACAGGCCGCUGAUUUGAACAAGGCGGUGGUGGCCCUUUACGAGGACGGAUCCAGCGGAGGCAUGGCUCAGUCGCUCUAG